AUGACAUCAAUAUCUAUUCAAUUUCAACUCAAUGAUCAACAGCCAGUUGUAGCCAACUUACCCACACAAUUUACUCUAGACGAUUUUAAGAGAGUGGCUGAUAGUAUUUAUAAUAAUACAAGUUUUCUUUAUUCGUUUGUAUGUCAUGGAAAAGAAUUUGAUUUAAAUAACGAAGACGAAUUCAAUAAAUAUAAAGCAUUAAUCACCUCUGGAACAACAAUUUUUACAAUAGAACAUCCGAAAGCAUGUUUUUUACCAGAUACACUCGUUCAGCGUGUUGAUCGAAGUGAAAUACGUAUUAGUGAUGUUCAAUUAGGUGAUGUUUUACUAGCUUUUACUACUUUUGGUGAGAUUGUUACAACAGUUGUUGAAGACUUGUUUAAGCAUGAAGUCGAUGAAUAUAUGGAAGUACAAAUAGGAGAAAACCGACUGUAUGUAACACGCGAACAUCCAUUUUUUGUUGGAAAUGGUAAUUUUUGUUUGCUUGAAAAAUUACGUGUCUCUGAUUGUGUCUAUAGUUUGAUUGAUGAUAAACUUCAAUCAACAACAAUCACAAGUAUAAAGACUAUUAAGGCGCCGGCAACAUAUGUCUAUAAUCUACAGACUGCUCAGCCACAUACAUACUUUGCUAAUCAAAUUGCUGUUCAUAACAAGCUUGGUAAAACCUUUGUAGACUUAAGUAAGGAUAAUGGUCUUAAGCGAUAUGAAUGGGGUUCCAGUGGGCCUAAUUGGUAUAUUGCGCGACCUGGAAUCUGUAUUGAAGGCAAAUGUCUUAAUGAACAUUGUGCAGCAAAUAGACAACUAGUGAUUAUGAAUAUUGGAAUAAAAGACUUUGAUUUUCUCAAUGAAAGUUA